CAUCAAAGUAGAGCAGCUACUGCGCAAAGCGGCGUUCGUUGCAGAGGUUACAAACUGACGCACAUACGUGAGCCGCACCUGAAAUCAUCGUGGGAAAGUCACAUAUCUAUAAAUCACUGACAUUGGCGAGGCGGAGCUUCAUAUUCGCGCCGUUCGCACCUACAAUCGCGCGAUUCUCGGCGCACCCCGCCGAUUCGUCGCGUGACGAGAGAUUCAAAUUCGUCACGCUUUUCACACGCUCGAUAAAAAAAAAUGACGGUGUUUCUCGGCCGUGAUUGUUAAAAAAAAAAAACAUCCAGACAGUACUGAAAGCAGCAGGAAAAGGGAUAGAAGAGAACGGAAGGUGGCAAGAUGAAGAGCGCAAUUUCGAACGACGAUUUGGAAUUUUGGAUGACUCGGCUUCCAGCGCCGCUCAAAGACGUACCCAUAAUUCACUUGGCAAUACCCGGUUCCCACGACACCAUGACUUACACGAUUGAAAAACGCAACGACGUGGGGCCGGACGAGCCCGCCUACAUCCGAACGCUCGGUCGUUACUGCUCGUUUGUCGCUAAACCCAUUAUCCUUAAUUGGUCCAUUACACAACUCGACGAUGUCAGACAGCAACUUAACGGAGGAAUCCGAUAUUUGGAUUUGCGCGUUGCAACGAAACCGAGAACCGGAAACAUUCACUUCCUUCACGGCUUGUACGGCGCGGAAGUUGGGAAGCCACUCGCGGACGUCGCCAAUUGGCUCACCUCGCACGCGAGCGAGAUCGUCAUUCUGGACUUCCAGCAUUUCUACGCGUUCACGAACGAGGAUCAUCGUCGUCUGAUCGAGACGAUACAUCACAUAUUUCACGGGAAACUGUGCCCGGUCUCGUCCAGACUUGAUCAAAUGACGCUGCGGUCGCUGAUCGCGAGAAGGUGUCAGGUGUUCGUGAUUUACAGAAACAUUUGCGCGCAAAAUCACUCGGAUCUGUGGCCGUCCGGACUCUGGCGUACCGUCUGGCCCAACACCGUCAACGUUAACGAGCUAAUCGAUUUUCUGAACGUCGAACUGCAGAGCCGUGAGCUGGACAUCGCGUUCGUGGCGCAGUGCCUGUUGACUCCGGACACGUCCUACGUUAUGAAACACUUGUGCGGCACUCUGCAGAGAGAUCUGGUGCCUGUUUGCCAGAAGGCCGUUCUUCCUUGGAUCAGUCAGAAACGACCCGGCCGCGGCGGCCUGAACAUAGUCAUAGCGGACUUCGUGUCGGACAAGAACUUUCUGUUCUGCAAAACGGUCAUCGAGUGCAAUAUGAAACUGCUCCGCAGUCCGGACGCUUUCUAGGCUACAAAAAUUUCGCACAUCUCGCUUUAUAAACAUUGUUUUUUUUACUAACGCGUCUCGCUUAAAGCUCUUUCUAACUAGAUACGUUCACCUGGCGUUCCACAAAAGAAGUUUCACUACUUGAACAAGGUAUAUCUCUUAUUAAAGCUUACUUUAUUUUAUAUAUGUAUAUAUAUAGUUUUUCUUUUUUUUUUUUUUUUUUGAACUCUUAAGAAGUGUCUCUCUUUGAAACUUAUAUACUACGCGAGCGACAGAGCUCGAACCUAAUGUACGUACUCAGCUAUGCGUAAUUCGAACUAUGGCACAUUGUUUGGAAAACAAACACGUUUAAUUAUCAUUACAGAUACAAUAAAUAAUAUAUAUAUACGUUCUCACUUUUUUUUGUGUGUGUUUAGGAGAUAAGUUCAAGACCAGUUUUUUAUAUCACUCCACCUUACAUAACGGAUUAAUAUACAAGAUCGUAGAAGAAGAUAAACACAUUUGAACGAAUGUACAAUGAUUUUUAUAAUAAGGAUAAUAAAUUAUUAUCACACUAGUAAAGAGUACGUGUCUCAAAUAUGGAGAAUUUCAAUGGAAUGUUAGUAUGGAUCUUUUUUUUUUUUUUCUUGAGCGUAAACAUUACUUAAACGCUAAUGUUAAAAAAAGGGGGAACUUGUGUCGUAUCGAUUCAUCAGAAUAAUAUAUAGUUACGAUAAAAGAGAAUUGUAAUGUAUCACUUCCGUGCGUGUGCGACACGCGCGUGAAUUUUUUUUUAUUGAUUCUUCUCUUUCAACAGGAAAUGUCAUCAUAAAUCUCUAUAUGAUAUUUAAGUAUAUAAGCUGGCAGUAGGGCAAACAAAAGUAUAUAUAUGUAUGUAUAUAUAUAUAUAUCUGUCGCGCAACAAACUCGAAGGAUGUUGAUGUUUUUUUUUUUUUUUUCACGGUUGUUUGUACUUUCUUUCAAUGAGAGUUCGAUAUUUCGUGUGCAAACUGCUACGUAUGCGCGUACGUGUGAAACCGAUGGAAUAAAGUUAGCGCGUUGGUGUAUUAUAUUUCACAUAAAUGGAUUUCUCGCACAAGGUACACACUUUCCG